GCUUCAAGCAAAAACAAUUUUGUUUAUGCGGUCUCGUUCUGUUUAUUUUUGCAGUAAGUCAAUCACUUGAAUUAAUGUGAUAAAUAUACGUAUUGUUCUACAGCUUCAAUAAAAUGGCAAACAACAAAGAUACACCAGAGCAUCUUCAAGCCCAAAACAUCAUAGUUAUACAUCCGGGCUCACUAUAUUUGCGAAUCGGACGAGCUUCCGAUGUGAAUCCUUGUCGAAUUUUACACGCUAUUGCCCGCCGCCGAAAGCCAGGUGGUCAUGCUUACCGAGAGCUAAUACUUCCUCCACCGAUCGCAAAACCGAAGGAACUAUUACCAGAGUUUGAGGAAUGUCGUUUGCAAGUUUCACACACGUUGCAAUCCUGUGUUCAGUCGGAUGGACGCAGGAGAUAUGCUACCCCUCCGCAGCAGAUAUCCGCUUUCAAUCGAAGAUCUAUGGCAGAGCCUAUAGAAGGUAGUGUAACUAAUUUCAAAGAUGACCUUGCCGGUAGUACUGUAAUUGGCGAAGAAGUUGUUUCGCUGAAUCCCGAUGGUGAAUUCAAUUUACACUUUCCUCUCAAAAGGGGUGAACUGAAUUUGCACAAGGAUGUCGGAGGUUCCUUGUCUGGUGUUAUGGCCGACUUACAAGAAAUUUGGGAAUAUGUUUUAAAACAUCGACUAAAAAUCGAUUUGAAACAACUGAAAAAUUAUAAAGCUGUUUUGGUCAUUCCUGACAUAUACAACAGAGCUUAUUUGAAAGAAUUUACCACACUACUGCUGAACAAAAUUGGGUUUGGAUGUUGUUUUCUGCUACAGGACCAUGUAGCAGCUACCUUUGGUGCCGGAUUGGGAUAUGCUUGCGUAGUCGACGUGGGAGAUCAAAAGACUUCUGUUUCGUGCGUCGAAGAUGGAAUAUCUCACCCUAACACGAGAGUGCGGUUGGAUUACGGAGGCGCUGAUGUAACGCAAGCAUUCUUCUGGAUGCUUCAGAAGUGUGCUUUUCCAUAUAAGGAUUGCGACCAGAAAAAACCACAGGAUGUAAUGCUACUCAAGCAACUGAAAGAGGAAUAUUGCCAUGUCAAUCUAGAUGUUUGCGGUUCAUUGGAAAGAUCUUUCACUGUACAAAAUUCACAACAAGCCAAAUGCAAAUACACCCUGCAAGUUGGCGAUGAAGCAAUCGUAGCACCGUUGGGGCUGUUUUAUACCGAGCUAUUUUCGGUUACAGGUGCGAAUAGAUCGGUUCCAAAAACACAAAAACCUAGCGCGGCACAGCCGCACCCAGAGGAUUGCUUCGAUGCGGAAUAUCUUCGGGAAACGGGUCGAAGGGGAAAAGAAAAUUUGGAACAAACGACCAAUGAAAGUGGUCUCGGAAACACGGAAAACCAGGAUGAGGAAAUGGUUGUCGAAGGACUCGACCAGGAGAAGGAAGGCAAGGCUAGCGAGAAGGAUUUUAUUUUACCGAGUGGACAAAUUAUCGGAAUCGAUCAGGCGGUCUUGCAAAGCAUCGAACGAUGUCCGAACGACGAAUUGAAACGCAAAAUGUAUGGCUGCAUUUUGGUUGUUGGUGGUGGAAUGAAAUUCACUGGCAUAAGUAAUUGGUUGCAGAACCGGGUAGCCUUGAAAAUUCCUUUGAUGUUCCGAUCGGAGCAUAAUAUUGUGACCAGUUCAAAGGAUAUCGACCAGGAGAUUACUGCAUGGAAGGGAGCAGCUAUAAUGUCUUGUUUAGAAAGUGCCUCUGAACUGUGGCUCUCCGAACCUGAAUGGACCCGGUACGGGCUUCGGAUAUUGCGCGAAAAAGCGGUAUUUAUGUGGUAGAGACAAUUGGAUGGUAUAUUUGCGUAAGUAAACUAAUUAUUGCUUACUUAUUACGUAAAAUAUAAUUCCUAUAACAAUUA